UUAAGCAUACCCCAAAUGAAAGCUGUAAAAAACAGUCUAAUUUCAUCCCCUAUACCUUAUUGAACUCAAUCUCAAAAUCCCCGAUAUCCAGUAUACUCCACGCAGUCAUUCAAUUUAACUAAAAAAAUGGCGUGCAGAGUUCAACACUCCAUUCAUAACAGUCUAUAUUUCUUAUCUUCAACCCCUUUGCGCAAUUCUUUAAAUAUAAGAAAGUCCUAUUUCAAGAGUCGAAUUAACUUUGGUAAAACUUUGUUUUCAUCUCCUUCUUCUUCUUCAAGAACUGCACUUUACUGCACUUGCAGCAGCAGCAGCAGCAGUAACAGUGGUAAAGAUAGUCUUUUUACAAAUGGGAGUGAUGCAUUUGUACUCACAACUCCACUUUAUUACGUUAAUGCCCCUCCUCAUAUGGGCAGUGCUUAUACCACCAUUGCUGCUGAUGCCAUUGCCCGUUUUCAGAGGCUACUUGAGAAGAAAGUUAUAUUCAUCACAGGCACAGAUGAACACGGAGAGAAGAUUGCUACUGCAGCUGCAGCUAAUGGUUCCAGCCCAAGUGAACACUGCGAUAUUGUAUCACAAGCUUAUAAAGCUCUAUGGAAAGAUUUUGACAUAAGUUAUGACAAGUUUAUCAGAACAACUGAUCCAAAACAUGAAGCUGUUGUGAAGGAAUUUUACUCUCGGGUUCUUGCCAAUGGCGACAUAUACAGGGCUGAUUAUGAGGGACUUUAUUGUGUCAAUUGUGAGGAGUACAAGGACGAGAAGGAUUUGCUGGAUAAUAACUGUUGUCCUACACACUUAAAGCCAUGUGUGAGAAGAAAAGAAGAUAAUUACUUCUUUGCUUUGUCAAAGUAUCAACAACAGUUGGAAGAAAUUUUAAGGCAAAACCCUGGUUUCGUGCAGCCAUCUUAUCGUCUAAAUGAGGUCCAAGGUUGGAUUAAAAGUGGCCUGAAAGAUUUCUCUAUUUCUCGAGCAUCAGUAGAUUGGGGUAUUGCGGUUCCUAAUGAUCCUAAGCAGACUAUAUAUGUGUGGUUUGAUGCUUUAUUGGGUUAUGUAUCUGCACUUUUGGAGGAUAACGAGCUAGCUAGUUUAGAAACUGCAAUUUCAUCUGGAUGGCCUGCCUC